UCGUCAAACUCGUACGGACGGAGGUUCCGUUAGAACAAAAAUUCCCUAUUUUUCGGGGCAAAAUCUGAAAACUUUCGUACCUGAGAUGGGUUUUCAACUUUUCAUGGACUUCAUUUGACAAGAUGAUUGUCGUGAUGAUGAUGUCAAUGAUUUUGUGUUAAAAAUUCGAUUCGCUCUUUAUUUUUGUGUUAUUUUGAUGUCUGAGAUCUGACACCAUGAGGAAGAAGCUCGAUACUCGAUUUCCUGCGCAUUAACGUGACAGGCUCGGAUUAAAAAGAUAAUGCAAGCUGAUGAGGAUGUUGGGAAGAUAGCAUUGGCAGUGCCGGUUUUAGUUUCUAAAGCAUUGGAAUUAUUUUUACAAGACCUUUGUGACCGUACAUACGAGAUAACUCUUCAGAGAGGAGCAAAGACCAUGAGUGCAUUGCAUUUAAAACAUUGUGUACAGAGCUAUAAUGUGUUUGAUUUUCUGAGGGAGGUAGUCAGCCGAGUUCCAGACUAUGGCCAUGGUCAUUCCGAUGCUGCUGGUGAUGAUCGUACCAUAUCAAAGAGAAGAAAAGCUGCAGCUGAUGAAAGCAAUGAGAGUGAUGAGGAGUUGAAGAAGAGCAAGAUGCACGAGAUGAGUCAUGCUGGCAGCAGUGGCAGAGGAAGAGGUCGGGGUCGAGGAAGAGGCCGUGGACGAGGUCGAACAGCUGAAAGAGAAACUUCUCAUCUCGAGACUGGUCCAAAUCCCUGCACAUCGCUUCAGCACAGCAACAGACAACAGAACCCUGACACAUUGAUGGAUAAUGGUUCUGAGGCCAAGGAAUUUUCAAAAGAGAAUAUCACAGUUGGAAAUGAUGCCAACCCAACAGCUAGAAAUUUUGAUCUGAAUGCCCAUAUUGAUGAGAAUGAGGACACAAAGGCCACAGCAACAGCAGCAGCGGCAGCAGCCCCUGCCUCGUCAUCUGGUCCUACAACUACUACUGAGAAUAGACUUGAAGAAGUUCCUGGUUGGUCUCUAUCUGACGUGGACAAGAUGGCCAUUGACCCUCUUCAGCUCGCACGACUCGGCUCAAGAUUAGAUGAGGAGGAGGAGGAUUAUGAUGAAGAGGACUAACUAUGCAUGAAAUGGACCCAUAUCGUAGUGCUUUGUUGUUGGAGGGAAACAGAUUGAUGUAAUACUCAAUGGUGGCCACAGAUGGGUGCAAAAGUUAAGAGAUGAAAGCAUGGUUUUCGCUAGAAGACCUGGAGGGUUUUUUUUUUUUUUUUUUUCCUUGUUAGUUUUUUUUUUCUUUUGUAAUUUUUUUUUAAUCACAUGUUUCUAUGAUACUACUAGCUAGCUAACUAUAAUUACCAAAUGUAGCUCCCUGACAAUUCUAGAAAUAUCAGACUCUGCACUUUCACUCUGUA